AUGUUCGCGAUAAGGGCUGUUACAAAAUCCGAUAAAAAGAUGUUACCGUAUUUAUGUAAAACCACCCGUGGUGCUGCAUCAAAAGCCGCAAGCCAAGUAGCGGCUGGGUCCAAUGGCAAAAUUGUAGCUGUAAUUGGUGCCGUCGUUGAUGUCCAGUAUGACGAUGACUUGCCUCCAAUCUUAAAUGCUUUGGAGGUGGAAAAUCGUGCUCCACGNGGUGCUAAAACGCCAGCUGAAGAUUUAUACCAGCAGAAUAAAAAUAGUAAUUAUAAAGAAAAUAUUUUGGAACGAAAAUGUUCUACAACGCCAGCCGAAGCUCUUACCGGCAAAGUAAAACAAAGCAAAGAAUGUUGA